AUGCCAUGCUCGCAAUCAUCACCUCGAAGCAGUGGAAGCUCAUUCCAGGAAAUCACCGGAUCUUCUUCGAUCACUGGUAGUCCUUUGAGUACGUCUCCAAUGGGUCGAUUCCUUGGCGUUCCUUACGACAGACCCAGUAAUACCUACGGGCAUUUACCUUCCAUGCAUGACUCGGGUGGCUUUCCCGGACAUAAGAGAGCUUUGUCCACGACAUUAACAUCACUCACACCGGCAAUACGUGUCGAUCCAUCAAUUCCGGUGUACUUAUAA